AUGCACGAGACAGAAUGGCUCCCAGGGGAAGUCCCGCCCGCUCUGAGGGAUUACCCGCAGCUGUGCCGCCACGACUUUCCUCAGAUCCUCCACGCCCGUGACCCUCGUAGCAGGCUGCAGAAUGCGGGGGAUAUUAAUACAAAUAUGACCACAGUAAUCCUAACAGCCCCAGGAUCUCUGCUAAGUCCGCACAAACACAAGGAAGCCUGGAGCCGAGAAGGGAUGAACUGUGAGCUGCUGACACCUACAUCCAGCACUGAGAAUUACAACAGAGAGAAUCACCACAACAAUAUAAACAACUGCACAUCGCUGCAUCAGAGACGAAGGGAGAAGGAGAUGGGAGCGUUGACCCGCGAGGAGAGACGCCGGCGUCGGAGGGCGACGCAGAAGUACCGAACGGCUCACGCCACGAGGGAACGGAUCAGGGUGGAGGCGUUCAACGUGGCGUUCUCCGAACUGCGGAAACUGCUACCCACUUUGCCCCCCGACAAAAAGUUAUCCAAGAUAGAGAUUCUCAAACUGGCCAUAUGCUACAUCGCCUACUUAAAUCACGUUCUCGACGUCUGA